AUGCUUUUAGCUUUUGCGCUGUUCCCACUGCUUGGAGCGUGUAUCAACAGCGUUGUGGCCGAAGCAGACUACAACUAUGCCGUGGGUCUCGCGAUGCGCGACUAUUUCUACUAUAGUCAUGAAACGUCCUAUUUCCCCAGCACCGAGGCCUCGGUAUUUGCGUCGCUGGCCAGCGAGUACGACAACAACCUGUUUUUUGACCAUCUGCUAGCUACCUCCAUUGUCGAAUAUGCAACCUCCAUGCUCUCGGAACUGCCUUCAACUGCCCAACAAUACGUGCUUUCGGUGGCCACCAAAUACUAUACCAGUUUCACCUCUGUCGACUCCGCUAUAGAGACUCUUUUGACUUUUCCGUCCAGCACGUCGUCACAGACCAGCUGGGACACGGAGAUCAUCAUCCCAGACGACCAGUCGGCCACAUACAUGACAUACUACAAGCUGGCUAAGUGCAAUGCGCUCUGCUACGAUAUUGCGACGUACGGCCGCCAAUACAACAGCAUGGCCAUCACAAACCCGGGCUUUGCAACCAGCCUCAACGAGAUGGUCAGUGCGUACUCCACGGAGUCCGAUCUUCUGCGAGUGAACCUCGAAUGCGACACUCUGCUGGCAUAUUUGAGCCAGCUUCCGUGGAGCGGCCGCAUUCUCGAGGAGGCCAAAAGCUCGUACCUGGUUCUCCAGAUGCUCUACGACACACCAACAGCAAAUUCAGACUACUUCACCACGACAUUCUACCAGCCGUGGGUGUAUGUUUCCGACGCAGACACAGAGACCACGGCCGCGACAUUGGGGCCCUCGGAGGCUGCUUCCUCGACGAUGGCGUCGAGCACAGGAACGUAUGUCACCACCACAACCAUACUGUCGUCCACGUCGGUCAACACGGACACCCCGCGCGCGUCCAUGGCCAGCACUCCGGCCACUGAAAUUAAUAAGACAGACACCGUCACGAUCCACUACGACGCGCAGAAAAUUUUCUCUGCGGUGAUCGAGGGCCUGGUUAUCGACUACAGAAGGCACUCGGACGACUACAACUCCCUCAUAACUAAAAACAGCGACCUUACCAUCGUGCAGAACUACACGAACAUGAUCAACGAAUUCAAGACCAGAAAAGCACAGCCCGACCUGGACGAGUACGAGUAUAUAGUGAAGGUUAUCUACACGUUUGCGAACGUUGUGCCGUGGCGGUCGAGGAUUUGGGACGGGAUGGGGUGGUGGUACACGAACCAGAUGCUUUCGCAAGGCCAAAGCACCGAGUCGUUCACCCAGGGAGCUGGCCAAUUUUUCACGCAGUUGUACAACCCGCAGCUCACGGGACAGCUGGACGCCCGAAUCACGUCUGUUCCGCAGCUCAAGACGAACGCGGGGAUCGGCGUGGAGGACUGA